ACCGUUGGCACCUCAACUCGCUCGCCAUUGUCACACAACAAACACUCGUUGAGAGAGAGUCAAGAACCUUCAACGAUGGUGACGAUGAACAACAACAACAUUCAAGAAACAACCCCAACUGCUUCUUCUGAUUACGAGAAAUGCAGAGAAGAAAGAAUCAAAGAAAACCUUGAAAGAAUGCAGAAGCUGGGGAUUUAUGAUCUGUCACUUAAGAUGAAAUCUGUUAAGCCCAAUAGCUACAGGAAGAACAAUAAACUGUUGUCGAAUAAUCAGAUCAAAACCCCUGAUAAUCGGUGUAUUCCCCCUUUGCCUUCCUCUGUUCCCACUAGAAGAUCCUCCAGACUGCAGAGUACACCAGCAGUUAGCUAUGCGGAGGUAGACGUGUCAAAACCGGGUAAAAAUGUGGACGACUUGUUGAUGUCAAAGAACCCUAGGCCCGAGGUUUACACAGAAGAGCAUGAAAAGCUGUUGGGUGAGGCUAAAACCGAGUGGACUCUGUUUGUUGACGGAUACGGGAAAGAUGGUAAGAGAAUCUAUGAUCAAGUCAGAGGAAAAACUUGUCACCAAUGCAGGCAGAAAACGCUCGGUCAUCGCACCCACUGCAUCCAGUGCAACCUUGUUCAAGGCCAGUUUUGUGGAGAUUGUUUGUAUAUGAGAUAUGGGGAGAAUGUACUUGAAGCAAAGCAAAAUCCUGAUUGGAUUUGUCCUGUCUGUCGGGGAAUUUGUAACUGCAGUUUGUGCCGCCAGGCCAAAGGCUGGGCUGCCACUGGUAUGCUUUAUAGGAAGAUUUCAAGUCAGGGGUACAAGUCAGUUGCGCAUUAUCUGAUCCAAACGCGUCGAUCUGACCCAAAUAUAGAGACGAACGAGAAGAGCGAUACACAGGUUUGUGCUAAAAGGUCACUACCCUUUUCAAAGGAGGAAGGAGUGGCUGAAGGCGUCGCUGAAAAAAGUGAAAAUGUCGAGUUAAAAGAGAAGAAUCCAGAGGAAGAAGUCAACAAUGAGAAACCGCCUGAAUUACAAUCAACAGACAAAUCUGAAGCCAUUUUGGCCAAAAAUGAAAGUUUCGAGUCAAACGAUAAGAAUCUUGAGGCGGAAGUCAACUCUGAUGAGAAACCGCCUGAAUUGCAAUCAUCAGACAAAUCUGAAACAGAAGUUAAUGAAGGUGAAAAUGAAAAGUCAGAGUUGACAAAUGGUGAAGAUAAAGUCAACAACACAAUUGAGGAGGUCAAAACCGUUGUUCUUACACCAGAAACAAAGCCGGGGUCACGAAAGAAACGUUGUAGCAUCGUGUUAGGGGAUAGCAUUGCUGGAAGACUCAGGUCUAGGCGUGCACGCGCUUGAAAUCUGUUCUAUCGUAUGUAAUUUUCUUGGAGGGACUAUACUAGCCGUUUCGUGAGUUUUCUGCAACAUUUUGUUUCACCUUUGGCCCUUUUCAUGUAAUUUAGCAUAUCUGGCAUUUUGUUUCAUAUAUGGCAUAAUUAAACAUGGGCGUGAGUUUUUGAGAUAUCAAAACUUUUUAUGGA